CUCCAGCCCCCUGUUUCGCUUCUGGCAGAGGGAGUCCAAGAUGAUACUGGUCCGACACCGCCAAUUGCCCGAUGCCCAAUCAAUCCGCAGAUAAGGGAAAUGCACUGGCAACGAUUUCGUCAUCAAGGUAGCUGACCUUGGCUCUUAUAAGAGUACUAUACCACCCUCCCCAGAUCCCCCGGGUCCCCCAGAUUAGUGCCCUUUGCGCAAAACUGUGUUGGGACCCUUGUCAAAAUGGCCAAAGCCGAGAAAGACUUCGACAGCGAGACGACGGGCCUGGAGAUGAAUGCGGCCGAUGGCGGGGAGGCUUCUGUAGCAAUAUGCAGCGUCAAGCCCAAGGUCCACUUCAACCUCUGGCAGACCCUGGGCAUGAACUUCUCAAUCACAGCGACCCCCGUCACCGUGGGAGUCUACACGGCUCUCACCAUCGGACUUGGCGGCUUUCCGUUCUACAUCUGGGCCCUCGUGGUGGCCUCAUUCUUCCAGCUCAUCACCUGCCUCGCCAUCGCCGAGCUCGCUUCUGCCAUCCCCCAUUCGUCUGGCCCCUGCUUCUGGGUCCAGCACCUGGCGCCUCCCAAGUAUUCGCGAUUCCUCGGAUAUCUGACCGGAUGGCUCACGACGGCGCUCUGGUGGUUCUUGACGACCGGAGCCAACCUUUUCCUGUGCCAGCUGACCCUCGGAGCGGCGCAAGCCAACAACCCGGGCUACCAGCCGCCGCAGUGGCACUACUUCCUGGUCUACUGCGCGUGGACGACCAUGGACUUCCUCCCCAACCUGCCGCGACUUUUCAAGGUCCUACCGUACAUGUUGACCGCCUGCGUCGUCGUCAUCAACGCGACGGCCGUCUAUCUCCUGGUGUCCCUGCUCGUCCGCGCGACCCCGAAACAAACUGCACAUACUGUGUUUGUGCAAGUGGUCAAUGAAUCAGGCUGGCCGUCCAACGGCGUCGUCUUCUUCCUGGCUCUCACCCCGGGCCUUUUGCUGGUCGCCGGCUUCGAUUCGGUCACCCACAUCACCGACGAGCUCGAAACACCGACCAAGCAGGUCCCACAGGUCAUGAUCGGCUCGGCCCUACUCAGCGCGGUGACGGCGCUCAUCAUGGCCAUCGUCUACUCCUUCUGUGCGGUCAACGUGGCCAAUCUCCUAAAUCCCUAUGGGCACCAACCGAUAAUCCAACUGGUUUUCGACACGCUCCGGUCGCCGGCUUUGGCGACCCUGGCAUCAGCUCUCAUGAUACUGGUGGGUUAUUUCGCCGCCGUCGCCACCUUCACCAGCUGCAACCGGCUAUAUUGGUCCUUUGCGCGCGAAGGCGGUCUUCCCUUCUCCCGGGCCUUGGCUAGGCUCUCUACAAGCGAUGCCCUCCCCCUCAACGCAAUGCUCGUCAACUACGUCCUGACCCUCGGCUUGGGCACCAUCCAACUGGGCUCUCUGACCGCCCUCAACGCUCUCGCCGGGUCCGCCGUCGUUUGUACGACGCUGACAUACUCCCUCCUCUUCGGGUUGCUGCUCUGGCGCGGGCGCGACUUUCUGGAUUCGGAUCGGUGGUUCAAUCUGGGCCGCUUCGGCACCGUCGUCUACGUCGUGGCCAUGGUCUGGUGUAUGUUUGUCACCGUCUGGCUUUGUUUCCCCCUGUACCUUCCCGUCACCCUGCCGUACAUGAACUGGACCUCGGUCGUGGUCGUGGGUAUUUCGGUCCUGUCCGUCGGCUACUGGUUCCUGUUUCGACCCCAGCCUCUACAGGAUUGAUCCUUGUCAGAGAGGAGUCUGCCUCCUCCGAGGGCUGUGAGGAGGGUGGGGGACAUGGUAGAGAAGGAAGACAUAAGGAGGGGAUCCUUGAACGUGGACUCGCGGAGAGAGGUGAUUGUUGAGCCACAACAGAAUUAGUAGUGAUUUAUCAUUGCUUGACCUCGAGAACAUUGGUGCGUGGUUGUCGCAGCUCAUCUCCUCUCUGGUGGGCGUGCAAAGACAGUAAGGCCGGACUUUUUUCGAGGGACUUUCAACGGAAAGUGGCAGGCUGCACUAAACAGUUAAAGGGUUCUAGGCUACUAAUUAUUUGAAUCUCA